AUGAAUUGCAAGGCAUGGAAAUUUAUGUAUUUUCUAUCUGCAGAGAUAUUUGCACUUUAUGUUACUUAUAACGAGCCUUGGUUCACAAAUACUCGAUAUUAUUGGACAGGCCCUGGAGAUGAGGUGUGGCCUGAUCUCAAAAUCAAAUUAAAGCUGAAAGGAUGGAAUAUGUAUGCUGGAGGAUUUUACUUAUACUCUAUAUUUACGCUGAUCUACUGGGAAACAAGGCGCUCUGAUUUUGCUGCCCACAUGAUUCAUCACAUAACAUCACUAUCACUAAUUCUUUUGUCUUACAUUUUCGGGAUGGCACGUGCGGGAUCAAUGGUUGCAUUAAUUCAUGAUGGACUAAUGGAAAUUGCAAAGAUGUCCAUCAGUGGAUUUCAUAGCGUUGCUGAUAUUUCCUUCGCUCUUUUCGCAUUGUCUUCGCUAUUACUUCGUCUAAUCUACUUUCCAUUUUCCAUUAUCUACAGCUCAUGCUACGAAGUUCUUUUCAUAGUGGAUAAGGAGAAACAACAAAAUAUUAAUGGAAUCAUACUUUACUUUGUGAUAAAUUCAAUGCUGAUAUGCAUACUGCUUCUUCACAUAUAUUGGUGGACACUAUCCUGA